AUUUUCGGUAAGCAGCCAAGGAUCGGAGAUAAGACAGCUAACCGCGGCACCGCUGCGAAGCUAGACUGGUGCAAGUUGCCUGAUGCUGUUAAUUGUGACUUGUGAUGAUGCAACUUCAACAUAGAUAUCAGACAGGCCUCAGUUGCAAUGGAACAUCAGAGACAACCACCGAAUGCUGCUGAAAGCUGCCGACGAAAACACCGAGUGAUGGAAAGCAUCAGCGGACACUAGCCCUUUCCGGCUAGUGUCAUCUGUCUACCAGCCAGCCAAUAGCAACCAGGAAUCCAUCCAUCCCACCAAAGCUUGGCCAGUUGAUGUCAUGACGAGACCCAGACUCGAUACCCCCGCCAGGCACGACUUAAAUACCCAUUGACCCAGAAUUAUACCCUCAGGAUUAUCAAGCGCUUCAGUCUUCUCCAUCCAUCCAACCCUCAUCAGUAUCCAUCAACAUGGCUCCCAAGGUCCUCGUCGUUCUCUCCUCCCACGACCACCACAAUGCCAACAACAAGCCUACGGGCUGGUACUUGCCUGAAUUCGCGCACCCCUGGGCCGUCCUGCACGAGAAGACCGAGCUCGUGAUCGCCUCCCCCAAGGGCGGCAAGGCCCCUCUCGACCCGGGCUCCGUCGAGAUGUUCAAGGACGACCCCGUGUCAUCCAAAUUUCACCAGGAGCAAGAAUCCCUCUGGACCAACACCGUCAAGCUGUCUGACGUCAACGCCGAUGACUUUGACGCCAUCUUCUACGUCGGUGGUCAUGGCC